GAGUCUAGUCCGGCGGUGUGUGUGUAUUUUAACUACCACGUGGUGGAGCACAGCCUCAUCAAACUUUGUUCUGGUUUUAAACCCUGAACUGGGACACAAAGUUCUACAUUUGGAAAACAUAUUAUUCAAAGCAAAAAGUUUCUCUGCAAUCAACUUUAUUGGAUUGUAACUCAGAAACCCACAUUUUCAGUCUCUCCUAAAAAUGCCAACCACACGCUUGUGCUGAGAAAACGGAUUGCGAUGAUCGUGCCCAACGUGAGCCUCAACGGCUGCACAAGGACCAAUAGCGCGCUGUGCGCGGGUGCUGGAGACAGGAAUCUGGAAGCGUCAUACCGCACCACCCUAAGCCCGACCGGGAACCUAAUAGUCGCUGUGUGUUUGGGCUUUAUCGGUACCUUCGGAUUCCUCAACAACCUCCUGGUUCUCGUCCUCUUCUGCCGCUACAAGGUGCUGCGCUCGCCUAUCAACCUGCUACUAAUGAACAUUUCCUUCAGCGAUCUGCUUGUGUGUGUGGUGGGCACUCCGUUCAGUUUCGCGGCAAGUACGCAAGGAAGAUGGCUCAUAGGAAAAAGUGGAUGUGUAUGGUACGGCUUUGCCAAUUCACUAUUUGGCAUCGUGUCCCUCAUCUCCCUGGCCGUGCUCUCCUACGAGCGCUACAGCACCAUGAUGGGCCCAACCAAGGCAGACUCCACCAACUACCGGAAGGUAGCCUUGGGCGUCGCUUUCUCCUGGUUCUACUCCUUGAUGUGGACCCUGCCGCCGCUCUUCGGCUGGAGCCGCUACGGCCCCGAGGGGCCCGGUACCACAUGUUCCGUGGACUGGAAGGCCAAGAGUGCCAACAAUGUCUCGUACAUCCUCUGCCUCUUUGUUUUCUGCCUCAUCAUCCCCUUCCUGGUCAUAGUCUACUGCUAUGGUAAGCUGUUGUAUGCAAUCAAACAGGUUAGCGGCAUCAACACAGCUAUGAGCAGGAAGAGGGAGCACCGUGUUCUUGUCAUGGUAGUCGCCAUGGUGCUAGUGUACCUGAUGUGCUGGGUGCCCUACGGGGUCAUGGCCUUGCUGGCCACCUUCGGACGCCCCAGCCUGGUCACCCCUGAGGCCAGCAUCGUGCCGUCGGUCUUGGCCAAAACCAGCACGUUCAUCAACCCCGUUAUCUAUAUCUUCAUGAACAAGCAGUUCUACAGGUGCUUCCGAGCCCUGCUGAGGUGCCAAGAGCCCCAGAGGGGUUCCAGCGUCAGGAGCUCCUCCAAGGCGCCGACCAAAGCUGUCCGUGGUGGCACCCACAAAACCAACGACAACAACAUCACCUUCGAGGUGGCCUCCCUCGGGCAGCCCACCAGCGUCGUCCCCCAGCUGGGGAACGCAACUGUGUACGCAGCUGUCCCCGCUUCCUCUGACAUGGUCAAGCCCAAGAUGGUGUCGCUAGUGGCCCACUACAACGGCAAAGGUCUGGGGCCGUUAGGGGUUUUGACCUCUAGGAACCAAUUACAGGGAGGGGAGGUGGAUCCAGAGGGGCCGUCAAAGUGGAUUUAGUGCUGUUACGAGGCUUGCCUCUUGCUAGUAUGAUGGACAGGAGGCAUAGAGGGAAAUCUUUGAAAGCCUCCUGACUCUUCGGAAGUGGAGCCACAGGAGCUACUAGUCCGUCUUGAGGAAGGGCUCUGCACAAUGUUAUACAUAUUUUCGCCAUUUACCAUCUCAAAUACGCCUAUGGACUGAGAGUGGGGAGAAAAGGGUGUGAAAAAACCCUGUUAUUUUGUACCAUUUCUAAUGUUUUGUCGAAUAUAUUAGUUCUAUGAAAUGUCAUGAUGUGACUUCCCCAUCUGUACCUUUACAGUACAAAGAUAAAGAGAGAUGAAGAGUGCAUUUUUGUGUUGAUCUGAGAUUGUAAUCACAGAUUGAGGAAACUCAAUUAUUGUAUUCAAGUAUUUUCAGGAGACAGUUUUCAAAAGUAUCAAGAUGACAAAGCGCUUAUGACAAAAAAACAAAAAACACUAAAGGUAAUGAUGGGAUUUGUACUGUUCAUGAUUUUUUUUUUUUUGAUUGCUGAACUCAGCAGUUCCAUCACUCAAACGUAUUCAAUUGUAGCUAUAGUUACGUAUAUAAUUUGUGUCAUAAACAUAGGUAGCAUGAGUCUGACAUGUAUAUUUAUUUUGAAAAACAUUUUAUGUAAAUAUUUUUAAAACGUACAAAAAGCUGCAUAUGUGGGACAUGAAUCUGGAGGUCCACGAUACUGUUAGUUUUCUUUUCUCCCUGGUGGUUAAUUGAUUAAUGUAACUUAUUGGCCAGAGAUUCCACUCACUGUGUUAGGUCGCAAUCAGUCCCUGAUUAUUUCUGGCCUUGCAGUCUGAAUCUGAGAAAAGGGGAUCUAAUCUGUUCUGACAAAAAUGUUGUAUUUUUUUUUUUUUUUUUUUUACAAUAUGUUAUGUUGGGUCUGUAGGCACUGCAAUCCUCAAGUGACUUGAAUAGAGCCCUGCUAUGUAAUAUAAACUAGUUUGAACAACUUUACAGCAUAAUGUACAAUAGUUUGUUCCUUUUCAUGUGAAAUAUGAUGGCCCAUGUUGUGAUUCAGGGCCUGCAAAUAGCUAGGUGUCCAGCCAAAAUGUGUGGCUUACUGUAGCUAUGGCUAGAUAUCACCUAUCAUACUAAAUUAGGCUUGCUAGUGUUAGCAUGUGCGACACUCACCGCCCAUCAUCUCGAUUAGUGUUCAGCAUUUACCCAUUUUAAUAAUACCACUACAUCCCUGGCUUUAUGUCUAGCCAGUUUGUGUGACCCCCCCCAUUUGGUCAACACAAUUGACAUCCCGAGUUAAGCCUAAAAUUAUGCGAAAUGAUUGUAAAUUGCUUCAAACGGCAGAGGCCUCAUCUAUAUAGAAAGCACGUUACACAGUAAUUACACAAUUCAUUACUGCUACCUAGUUACUUCUACUACUAGAUAGGUUGUUUACUUUGUCUAAUUGGUUCAAUUUGAAUAUCAAUGAAGUACUUUGGGACAGAAAACCAAGAAAAUAAUCACAUUUGCAUCAUACCCAAUUGGGUCUGACUGCAUGACCUGUUAAGUGAACGUGGAGGACUGGUAGAGCAUGGGCUCUUGAAAUAUUGCACUGUAGCCUUAUGUCUUACAAAAUGUACUGUGUACAUUGGUCCUCAACCUUUGAGGCUGUGCUCAGUGCUUCAGGUGGAAUACAACAUAUGUAUUGGUGCACCAGUGAGUAGGCUUAAUGGCCCACUGCAUGUACAGUGUGUGCAGUAUGAACAAAAGGAACUUCCUGUUUUUUUAUUGUUUUUUUAAGUGGAGCACAUUUUUGUUCAAAUCUGAAAAAAUACAGGAGGCAUGAAUAUUAUUUAGGUUUUUGUUAACAAUACAAUGGUUAUGUAGGCGUUAUAAAAGUCUUGAGUUGACCAUGCUGAAUGAGAGUAACCGUUGGUAGUGUAAUGUUAUCUCGCUGGGAAAAUGUACAUGUUUAAGAGUGUAUGUCGAUGUGUGUUUUAAUUGACCACGACGACUGUUAAAGCGGGAAUCAGCAGCGGAAAACAAUAACAAGAGAAAUGUCGAGAAAUGGGCUGGAGAAAUGUAGCACUCUCAAAGUCAUAGACAGAGCUAUGGAUGCAGGGACAAAAUGACAGUUCUGACCAUUUACUUUGUUUAACAAACACUGGAGUAAAACAAGCUUAUAUUUUGGUUCUGACGGGGUACGACAGUUGAACUAAGGUCAUGAGGCAUUUGUACGUUGUUCUUCAAGAAUCAAUGGGUACAUAUACAUUUAUAUGUCCAAAAAUGUGUGUAGCACCUGCAGAUUGCACCUUCAUCUACGGACAGACCAGUUACAGUAUGUAAAUAAUAUUAUACCAAAGCAAUAGGAAUUUCAUACUGUAUUGAGUAAUAAAGACUUUUUGAAAACAA